AUGGCCUUCCUCAAGCUCAUCGGCCGCUGUGCUCUGAUACUGCUCCUGGCUGUGCUGUGUGAUGUGGCUGGGCUGAUCAUCCUCCUGCUGGGAGUUUUUGCUCCGCUAAGCUCCUGGGACUUCUUCGUUUACUUGGGAGCUCUGCUGCUGGCCUUCAGCCUCGUCUUCUGGAUCUUUUGGUACACAUUUAACAUCGAGGUGCCCUUUAGGGAGCUAGGUUUUAACUAA